UUCUUUCAUUUGCAAGUCAUCUUACCAAACACCAGAAAAAUGAAACUAAUUGUUUUAACUUUGGCCGUUUUGGUAUCCUCUGCUGCAGCUGGAUUGAGCUCCACCUAUUUGCCGCCAGCUCCUCCAUCUAAUCAAUAUCUGGCACCUGCGGUAUCCUCCUCAUCUUUUGGCCAUGGUGGUGGCUUUUCUAGUGGAGGUCAUUCAAGCAGUUUCUCGCAAGCCUUUGCCGCUCCAGCUGUGCAUCAUGCUGCUCCAGCUGUUCAGUACUCAGCACCAGCUGUGCAUCAUUCUGCUCCAGCUGUUCAUUAUUCUGCACCAGCUGUCCAUCAUGCUGCUCCAGCUGUUCAUUAUUCAGCACCACCAGUCCAUCAUGCUGCUCCAGCUCCUGCUGCCCAUUACUCCGCUCCAGCUGCUUCCUCCGAUGCAUCUAGCUUCUCCCAUGCACAAUCGGCCCCAGCUGUACAUUAUGCAACUCCCGCCGUUGCCAAGCCAUCUAGACAAUAUUUAGCUCCAGCCGUCUCAGCUCCAGCUCCAGCCGUCCAUUACUCAGCUCCUUCACACAGCUCCCAUGCAGUCUCUCAUGCUGUAGCAUCGGCACCUGUGGCCCGUUAUUCUGCCCCCGUGGCUCACCAUUCGGCACCAGUUGCCAAAUCUUAUGUCGGUGGUUUCUCACACGCUGCUGCCGCUCCAGCCAUUCAUUACGCCGCACCAGCCGUUGCUGCACCAUCCAGACAAUAUUUGGCCCCAUCCAGCGGUUCUUAUGGUCACAGCAGUGGUUUCGCCUCAAGUUCUCAUUCCAGUGGUUUUGUUGCUGCCGCUCCAGCUGUCCACUAUUCCGCCCCAGCUGUAAGUUCAUCUUAUGGUCAUGGUGGUUCUCACUCAUUCGGUGGCUUCUCUAGCGGUGGCCACUCAUCGGCUGGUUUUGCUCGUGCUGUAUCCUCCGCUCCAGUUAGCCACUAUUCAGCACCUGCUGCCUCCCUUUUCUCUGGUAAUUCCAUUGGUACCCGUUAUGCCGCCAAUGGAGGCUAUGUUCGCCACUAAAUUUUUGUAAAUCCCCGAAACAACCAUCAAACGAUUUGUUAAAAAUAAUGAUGUUUUAAUAAACCCUGAAAUCG